CUCAGGAUUCCGCAUUAGGUCCUGGAAAGCUGUGCAGCUUUUAACCACAGCUCUUGUUGUGAGCAGUUUUUUUCUGUUUUCUGCAUUUUCUAAUGAAUUUGCCCUCAACGCAGUCACAUUUGAAUGACAGAGACUAAAAACCACUUCCUGGGGAGUCACGAACACACUUGCGAGAAAGAAAUGGAGAACUGAUUUACAUCAAGCUGCACUCCAUUACUCCUCCUCACUGGAUCAAACUGGCAGCGAUGCAGCUUGGUCAUCCAGUCACCAUCAGCACUUCUCUCCAAAUCCCUCCCCAACCUCACAGUCUGAUAUCCAGGAGCCGACACCCAUUCCUGCUGGACUCCAUCCAGCCCGUGUUGGUCAGGGCUAUCAUCAAUCCAAAACGGGGGAUGGAGGAACCUCUCCAGCCGCAGACUCCACAAAGCCCCAGUAACUGCAGCUCAUCGGGACCUGGUGGGAAAUCCUGCUGGAGUUUAGACCUGAGGGUGGCUAUUCUUCUGCUUACUCUGGCAGGAGCAGUAAUCCUCCUGCUGCUGUACAGACUGUUACAGCUGAGACACAGGCUGAGGAUGGCCAGAGCGAGGCAUGCUUUGGAGUACACCAGCUUCUACCACAGUGGCACCUACACACUCAAACACCCCACACCUUGUCAGGAGCUGCCAGAGAAGAACAGGGCAGUACCUGAAGACACUGCACCACUCCAAACCAUAACCUCAGUGACACCUGCUGUCAUCACCCCAGUGCCACCUCCAUCGCUGCCCUCACCGGCACCCCCUCCACUGCCACUCCCCCCACCUCCUGUCCUACCACGUCCACCUCUUCACCCUCCAGUUUCUCUCCCUCCAACACCCCCUGUCCUGUCACUCCCUCUUCCCGUGCCUGUCAUCCACACCACCCCGCCCAGCCCUCACCUGUCAUGGGGUGCCUGCUCAGAUGCAGAUGUUUAUUCUCGGAUUGGGACUUUCAGGCCAUCCAGGCUUUCCAACCUCUCCAACCAGUCGACAGUCAUCCUGUUUGAACACUCAUCUGUUUGAACUCUCACAGAAUGUGUGUGAUCUCCUCAAGGAGUCUGUGACUGUGACAAGGAUUACAAAAUGUUUCCUGUACUCUAUGUUUGUGUGUGUAAUAUACAGCAAAAUAUAAGAGGUUAAUGUUUCAAAACUUUAAAACAUGAAGUUUGCACUUUGUCAGCCACUGAAGGGCUUUAUUGACAAAAAAAAGAAAGAAAAAAGCAGAUGCAAUAAAAUUGCAAUUUAAUUAAAAACACCUCUAUUAUAA